AGACACGUUAACCGGACUCUAUUAUUAUUUCUCUCUCUCUCUCUCUCUCUCUCUUCCUCUCUGCACACUGAAUUUUCUUCCUGUCUCUUCCUAUCAAUCAAGAUCUACUCCUUCAAAUCACUUCACAGAUGACCCAAGUCAUCUGUAGAGAGAGGGCUCCGAUCUGUGAGCUUCUAUCUCAAAGAGAAAUUUGCUCUGAUCUGUAAGUCUUAUUAUCAAUAUCCUUUAUGCACGUGAUUGCAAGCAGACGAUGUAUAAAUGCACCAGUGCUCUGUCUCAUGUCUGUCACUAACAAGCACUCUAAACACUCCAUCCAGAUCCAGUGUUCUGCUUUCUUCUUCCCUAACCUUCCGUGCGUCAAUUCUUUAAAACUAGUUGAGUAAUUUUUUUUAAUACAUAUCUUUAGUAUAUUUCCCUAUAGCAAUUCUAUGGGCACAGAAAACGCCUCCUCCUCCUCAUGUUUUCCUUCUUCUUCUUCUUCUUCUGUUGUGCCUGGAUGGAGGUACGAAUACCACGUCUUUAUCAGUUUUAGAGGCUCCGACACGCGCAAAAAAUUUACAAGCCAUCUAUAUGAAGCAUUGAGACGGAAUGGCAUAACCACAUUUAGGGAUGAUGAAAGUCUCGAGAGAGGAGAAUUCAUCUCCCCAGAACUCAUGAGAGCAAUUGAAGAGUCGAGAUUUGCUGUCAUAAUUUUCUCUAAAAACUACGCUUCGUCGAGUUGGUGCUUGACUGAACUAGCAAAGAUCGUCGAGUGCAUGGACAAGAAGAAGCUGACAGUUCUGCCUGUUUUUUAUGAUGUGGAUCCUAGUGAUGUGCGCAAACUGAGGGGGACUUUUGCAGAAGCUUUUGCAAAACAUCUCAACAAUAACAAUGAGAAUGUGCAAACUUGGAAAGAUGUUGUGACAAAAGUUGCUGGUAUCUCUGGAUGGGAUUUACAGGAUGAGAGUGAAGCAACCGUUAUCCAAAAAAUCAUUCAAAGGAUAUCUCUUGAAUUGGAUCAUAAAUUCUCAAUUGUUUUUGAGCACCUUGUUGGAAUGGACUCCCGUGUGAAGGAAAUGUUGGAUUUAUGCAUGUGUGAAGGGUUGGAUUGUGUCCACUUUGUUGGGAUUUGUGGGAUGGGUGGAAUUGGCAAAACAACUCUUGCCCGAGAAAUUUAUGGUAGAAUUUAUAGUGACUUUGAAGCUUGGUGCUUUCUUGAAAAUGUUAGAGAAGAUGCCAAAAGUAAAGGUUUAGUUUCUUUGCAAAAAAUACUUCUUUCUAAGAUCUUCGUAGGAACUGAAAUAUAUAUACAUGAUUUUUAUGAAGGAAUUAAUGUCAUAGGCACUAGACUACGCAAUAAAAGAGUUCUUAUUGUUCUUGAUGAUGUGAAUGAAGAAAAACAACUAGAAGCAUUAGCAGGGAAUGGUGGUUGGUUUGGUCCCGGGAGUAUAAUCAUUGUAACAAGUAGAGAUAAGCAUUUGUUGAGAAGCCAUGGAGUGAAACAUAUAUAUGAAGCUAAGGAGCUGAAUAAAGAUGAAGCUUUGAAGCUUUUUAGUUGGAAGGCUUUCAAGGAACCUCAUCUUGAACAAAGUUAUGUGGAUUUGUCUAUGGAAUUUGUGAGAUAUGCUAAUGGCCUUCCUUUAGCUCUUAAAGUUUUAGGUUCUUCAUUGUUUGGUAGAACACCUGAUGCAUGGAGAAGUGCUCGAGAUAACCUAGUAGCAAAACCUAAAAGAACCAUUAUGGAAAUACUUCAAAUAAGUUUAGAUGGGCUAGAGGGUAUAGAGAGAGAAUUGCUUUUAGAUAUUGCAUGUUUCUUUAAAGGAGGGCAUAUAUCUUACAUAAGAGACACUUUAGAAAGUUUAGGUCACCAUCCUGACUACAAUAUUUAUGUUCUUAUGGACAAAUCUCUCAUAACCAUUGAAUCAAAUGGAACUUUGUCGAUGCAUGAUUUGCUACAAGAAAUGGGUCAAGACAUUGUUUGUUGUGAAUCCCCUAAAGAGCCUGGUAAACGUAGUAGGUUAUGGUGUUACAAGGAUGUCUUGCAUGUAUUGAAAAAUAAUACUGGAACAGAGUUUGUUGAAGGUAUAGUUCUAAAGAUGCCUGAGGAUAAAAAUGAACGCUUAAGUGUUGAAGCCUUCUCAAAAAUGAAAAAUUUGAGAUUUCUUAAAAUUGGUUAUGUGGAACCUCAACAAGGCCAUAAUAGAGGUCACAUCCAACUUCCACAAGACCUCAUUUAUCUUUCUAAUGAGUUGCGCAUAAUAGAUUGGUAUGGAUAUCCUUUAAAAUCCAUGCCAACCAAUUUCCAACCAAUUAAACUUGUUGAAUUGAGAAUGCGUUGCAGUGGCAUUAAAAAAUUGUGGAAAGAAAUUAUGAUUUUAAAUGAGUUGAAACUCAUUGACCUGAGUUACUCUCAAAACUUAAUUGAGAUUCCAGAUCUUAGCGGAGCCUUAAAUCUUGAGAAAUUAAUUCUUCAAAGUUGUACAAGACUAUAUAAGAUUCAUGCAUCUGUUGGAGAUCUCAAAAAGCUUGUUCAAUUGGAUCUUAAAGGUUGCAAAAACCUUUCAAGUCUUCCUAAUACAAUUUGUAGUUUGAUGGCUCUAAAAACUCUCAAUUUAUGCGACUGCUCAAGACUUGUGAAAUUGCCAGAGAACCUUGGAAAUCUUGAAGGCCUAGAGGAGCUAAAUGUGAGUGGAACUGCUAUAAGAGGGCUAUUUUCGUCCUCCACUCCCUUAAAAAAUCUCAAAAAACUAUCUAUUGGUGGAUGUGCUUUUCUAUUAUCCAAAAAGCUCCUCAAUUUUCCUUUAUUGCGAAGGAGUCCAGAUCCAAUGGGCACGUUAACGCGUACUUUAUCAAGCUUAUCCUCUUUGACAGAUCUUAAUCUAAGUUAUUGCAAUCUUCGGACGGUCCCUGAUGUUAUUGGCAGUUUGUCCUCUUUAAAUUAUUUAAAUCUAAGGGGAAAUAAUUUCGUUUGCCUUCCUGAAAAUAUCAUUCGAUUAUCGAAUCUGUACACUCUUUUUUUGAGUGGUUGCAAGGAUCUACGAUUACUGCCAGAGCUUCCAUUAAAUAUUAAGUAUUUAGAGGCAGAAGGUUGUACCUCGCUGGAAACAUUACCCUUAAGACCAGAAGAUGUUUUCUGUCCCUAUCUCUUUCUUAUUAACUGCAUCAAAUUGACUGACAAUCUAGGUUUCGGUGACAUGUCCUCAACAAUGCUGGCGCGUUACAUUCAGAGUCCUGAUUUACGUUACCAAAAUUUUAUUAUACCCGGAAGUGAAAUACCAAAAUGGUUUAGCCAUCAAAUUGAGGAGGAUUCAAUGACUCUGCAUGGGCCUUCAGAUAUUACGGGAAUCGCUGUGUGUAUUAUUUUUGUAAUCCGCCCCCAUCUUUCACUUCACCAGCCUCCUUCAGAAUUUUAUGAAGCUACACAUUGGGUUGAUCUUUACUGUUUUGUCGAUGGAUCUCAAAUUUCAGAUGACUUAAGGGUUGGUCUUUCCGAACAUUUUGGUAAGAUUGAUUCAAGUCACCUUUGUAUAAAAUAUGUUCCUUUCAUAAGGGAAAGCGACAAGGAAUUGAGUCAAAUAGAUGCUAAUCGAUUUAGUGAGAUUGCUAUUGAAAUAGAAACCCAGGGUCCAGGGUUGGUGGUGACUAAAUGGGGAGCCCGUUUGGUGUACGAGCAAGACAUUAAAGAUCUCAAACAAAACAUGCCUGGGUCCUGCAUCUGCAGCAUCAUUCCUUUCGAGGAUACUUCAGACGAUUCAGCAUGAUGGAUAUCUGUUUAUCCAUGUUGUCCAGAGGAUAGCACUACUUUCCUGUACAAGUGACAUUCCAUGAACAUGAUCAGCUUUAUAAUCCUCUAAGAUCAUCUUCAGCCAUUGAUGUACAUAUGGAAUUGAGUCUGCUCUGAUAUUCAAGGGUGAAUCAAACCACAAUGCCCUUGCAAAUGGACGUUUGUGACAAGGGCCAUUUUUUUGGACUUUGUUGGUGAGGACAAAUUGUCGCGCUGCUAGCAGACAAGAAGACAGGUGCAACUGGUUGUGUGCUCAUCGUUUUGUUCUAUUAUGGGAGGUUGAGGGAUUAUCUGCUAUCAACUAAGGAUUCAUUUUUAUUGAGGAUUCGAUUGCUAGAAAUUGGCCAGCUUGACAGUGCCGAAUUGUGGUGCAGUCACAUCGAGGUUUCAGUUGUAAGCUACUUCCCACUAUUGAUGGUGCUGAAGUGUGGGAGAGGUUUCUUAUUCCCUCAAGAGCUUGAAGAGUUUGGGCAAACAAUCAUUGAGUGCUCUACUGAUGAGCCUUCUCACAAUAUGGAUUUCAUCCAUCAAUCAGUAGCAACUGAUACUCCAAAUGAUAAGCAAAAGAGUGAAGCUGGUUGUUCCUAUGAGGACCCAUAUCCUGGAAGGUUGAGAAGACUUCUUUUUCUGGAGCAGAUCAUUA